AUGGACCAAUAUUCCAUUUCGGGCUUCUUGCGGUCCACCGUGCUGGAUUGCAGCUCCGAGGUUGCUUCAGGACAGGGUAAUAUAAAGGACAAGCUGACGGCUUAUCACAGAAAGUCUGCCUUCGUGUUCACAUCUGUCAGUGCAACCCACUCCCCCUCCAUGAUGAAGUCUACCAUCAUGGCAAUGAGCACUGCAGCAGCUUUGUUCGAAAUCGCGUCUGCUGCGACUUGCUACUCACAGUCAACGGCAUGCUGCUUGAAAUUGAACAAGGCCCCAGGACUCGCUGGCAAGAUCUACUUCCCCAACUCCACCGAGUAUGUGGAACGUAUGGACUCGUACUGGUCCAUCACCGCUGCCCUGGACCCUUGGUGUAUCGCACAGCCCUCAACAGCCGAGGAUGUCUCGACCAUCAUCACCACCCUCGCUGCGUCUAACUGCACAUUCGGCGUUCGCGGCGGUGGCCAUGGCUCCUUCGCUGGAUCCAACAGUGUCAACGAUGGUGUCACCAUUGACUUUGGCUUCUUCAACAGCACCACCUACAACCCCGACACCAAGAUCGCCUCCAUUGGACCCGGCGGUCACUGGCAGACUGUCUACGACACCCUUGCCCCGUAUGGAGUUGUCGUCACGGGUGGCCGUGCUGGCACCGUCGGAACUGGAGGCUUCAUUCUCGGCGGCGGCAACUCUUUCCACUCGGCGUCUCAUGGUUUCGCAUGUGACCAAGUUGCCAACUUUGAGGUGGUCCUUGCUGAUGGAUCCAUCGUUAAUGCCAAUGCCACUUCCAACCCUGAUCUGUGGCAAGGCCUCAAAGGAACCGGCGCCAACCUUGGUCUUGUCACCCGCUUCGACAUGUACGCCAUUGACUUUCCCGACCCAACAAAGCCGGUAGUCUGGGGAGGCAACCUCAUCUACGACUUGGAGUCCGGGCCCAAAGUCAUCGAUGCCCUCGUUGAGUUCACGGAGAACGUCCACAAGGACGAGAACAGCUCUUCCAUCGUCUACUGGGCGUACCUCCCCCAGCUCGGCGGUAUGAUCCUCAACGCCGCUAUCGAGAACACCUUGGCCGAGGUUGCGCCCCCUGCCUUUGACGCUUACUAUGCGGCUGGCAACAUUACCCAGGACACUACCAAGGUCGACUUAAUUUCCAUCGUCGCAAACGAACUCGGUUCCGGUCAGCCCGCCGGCUUCCGCAACGCCUGGUUCACGCUCGCAUUUGACAACGAUGCUCGGAUCAUGAACUACGCCGUCGAGAAGUUCUACAACCUGAACGCGGAUCUCGAGAAGGCCGUCGGUGCUGACUCAGGCUUCAACACCCUCUGCAUGUUCCAGCCCAUCACCAAGUCCAUCGUCGACAAGGGCAUCGCCAUGGGUGGGAACAGCAUGGGGCUGGACCACUACAUCACCAGAGGCAACGGCAUCAUGUUCCUCAUUACCUUCGCCGUCAACGGAGCUGAGAAUGAAACCAUUUCCUUCCCGUACAUCCAGGCUUACACAGAGGACGUCGAGGCUUAUGCUGCGUCUUUGGACUUGAACUGGGGUUGGAUCUUCCUCAACUAUGCUCACAAGGUACAAGAUGUUAUCUCGUCGUACGGUGAGGCUUCCAUCGAGAGGCUGAGGGCCGCUUCUACCAAGUACGAUCCUACUGGUGUUUUCCAGAACCUUCGUCACUCAGGCUUCAAGAUUCCCUUCUAG